AGCUUCUUCCCUCUGCAACAGCGAUCCGACUCUGCUCCCUCUCGCUCCUGCUACAACAGUAGACACUGGUCCAAAGAACACUCCUCCCCUCCUUCCUCCACAGAGCCGGAGCUUUCUCCCUCUUCAAACCAUGAUCUGGCUCCCAGUGUUGCUCGAUGCAUGCUUCCCUUCGUGAGGGCAGAUUUCUGAGCUUGUUCAUGACAUGACACAGUGCAGCGCAGGAUCGAAGUGGUCGCCUCUAACGCCACUGGAACACCAAUGCACAGGACUCUUUUGCAGUGCUCUGAGUUUGGUUACAUGAAAUAUGCGAUGUCCGCAGGAGUGCCCGAUUCUUUUUCUGCUACACUUUGUUUUCACUUUGGCUGCCGGCCACGAAGAGCACUCCGACUCUGGCAGACUCUUCUCCCUCUUUGCAGAACAAGGUCAGUUGUCCCAGUCAGAGUCAGAUCGGUCCAUAGUCCACCCAGUGAAAACCACCCCUGAUGGAGAGUUCAUCUCCCACUCUCUGUCUCACCACUUCAAGGGUGGGCGAGUCAGGCGUGACUUACGACCCCUUGGUUUGGAGGGACAGGUUUACUACAAGGUCAACUACAAGGGUCGCCCUUUAAUGUUCAAUUUGACUGCAAACAAUCACCUGGUUUCAAGAGACUACAUCCUGGAGAGGAGGAACGGCAGUGCCAACAGGACUGAGCAUCGUCUCCCUGAGGGGAAUUCCUGCCACCUCCUUGGCACCGUGGAAGCAUCUGAUUUGCGAGGAACUGCUGCCAUCAGCACCUGCAAAGGACUGAGAGGCUUCUUUUCAUUGCCAGAAGGACACUUUUUUAUUGAACCUUUCCAGAAAUAUCCAAAUGAUCCUGCAGGGACUCCAGAGCCCCACGUGGUCUAUCCAAGAGUUACUACAGAAAGUCACAGAAAAAAACGCAGUCCUCAGUCCAAAGAGACACCCAGCCCCUGUGGAGUUCAAGAUGCUCCAAGUGACUCUGUCCAGGUGGAGCGGGAGAGGGAGGAAUGGGAGAGGGAGCAGCAGCGUGGGGCUCAGUCCCGCUCGCAGCGCUCAGUCAGCAGAGAGCGGUGGGUGGAGACCAUGGUGGUGGCUGACUCCAAACUCAUAGAAUACCAUGGCAGCAAUACUGUGGAGUCCUAUAUCUUCACCAUCAUGAACAUGGUGGCUGGGAUCUUUCAUGAUGCCAGUAUUGGGAAUGCCAUCCACGUCAUUUUGGUCCGCCUCAUUCUCCUGCAGGGAGAAGAGAAAGGGUUGAAGAUUGUUCAUCAUGCAGAUACCACUCUGGCUAGUUUCUGUGCUUGGCAGAAAAACCUCAAUCCUCAGAGUGACACACACCCAGCUCAUCAUGACGUGGCUGUAUUGGUCACCAGGAAGGACAUAUGUGCUGGAAUGAACCAGCCCUGUGAGACACUGGGUCUGUCUCAUCUGUCUGGGAUGUGUCAACCACACCGCAGCUGCAACAUCAAUGAGGAUUCGGGACUACCUGUCGCCUUCACCGUUGCUCAUGAGAUGGGCCACAGCUUUGGAAUUCAUCAUGAUGGCCAGGGCAAUGACUGUGAGCUGGAAGGGAGGCACCCGUUCAUCAUGUCCAGACAGCUGAUGUAUGACAGCUCGCCCCUCACUUGGUCUCCCUGCUCCAAAGAAUACAUCACACGCUUCCUUGAUCGUGGCUGGGGUUUUUGCCUGGAUGACCGGCCUUCCAAGAGGGACCUAACCACCCCACUGGCUCGCCUCGGUGUCCGCUACACCACGCAACACCAGUGCCAGCUCCAGUACGGCCCAAAUGCCACCUUCUGCCAUGAGGUUGAUAACGUUUGCCAGAUUCUUUGGUGUUCAGUGAAUGGCUCCUGUCGCUCCAAACUGGACUCACCUAUAGACGGCACUCGCUGUGGAUCAGAGAAGUGGUGUAUCUCAGGAGAGUGUGUGAUUGUGGGUAAACUCCCAGAGACGGUGAAUGGAGGCUGGGGACAGUGGAGUACCUGGUCUCACUGCUCCAGGACCUGUGGAAAUGGAGUUCAGUCAGCAGACAGGGAAUGUAACAACCCUAAACCAGAGUUUGGGGGCAAGUACUGCACUGGGGAAAGAAAACGUUAUCGGACCUGUAACACAAAACCCUGUCCGAAGAAUAAACCAACCUUUCGAGAGAUGCUGUGCAGCGAGUUUGACACUGUGCCCUACCAUAAUGACCUCUACCAGUGGAUUCCUGUGGCCAACCCGUUACAUCCCUGUGAGCUGCACUGUCGACCGGUCAAUGAGUAUUUUUCGGAGAAGAUGCUUGACGCUGUGACAGACGGAACGCCGUGCUUCAUGAAUAACAUGUCCAGGAACAUCUGCGUCAACGGAGUGUGCAAGGAUGUAGGCUGUGACUAUGGCAUUGACUCAAACGCAGUGGAGGAUCAUUGUGGAGUCUGUUUGGGCGAUGGCACAAGCUGUGAGAAGAUCUACAAGUUGUUUGAUGAAGGAGAAGGCUUCGGGUACGUGGACGUUGGUGUGAUACCUGAGGGGGCGCGGGACAUCCUGGUAAAGGAAGUGGAGGAGGCAGGUAACUUCCUGGCUCUGAGGAGCGAAGCAUCUGAGGAGUACUUUCUCAAUGGCAACUUCAUCAUCCAGUGGAACGGGGAGUAUGAGGCCGGCGGGACGACGUUCUACUACGAACGCAGCGGGAACAUGGAGAACCUCACUGCUCCUGGACCCACCAAACAGCCAGUCAUGCUCCAGUUGCUGUUUCAGGAAAAGAACCCAGGUAUAAAGUAUGAGUACACCAUCAAGAAGACCAAAGAGACAGGAAAUGAGAUCAUCGAACCCAUUUACAGGUGGAGACACGGGGCAUGGACAGACUGCAGCACCACCUGUGGCUUAGGUGAGCAGCAUCAGCCUGUGCGGUGCUUUGAGAUGGACGUGGGUGUAGUGGACGAGUCUUUAUGUGACCCAGACAGCCGUCCAGAAGACAGACACCGAAAAUGCAAGACCAUGGAUUGUCCUGCAAGGUGGUGGGUGGGUGGCUGGCAGCAGUGUACAGCCACCUGUGGAUCAGAAGGGGUACGGAAGCGAACGGUGCUCUGUGUUCGUACAGUGUCAGGAGAGGAAAGGGUGCUUCACCCAGUUGAGUGCAAGCAUCUCCUUAAACCCAAACCUGUGGUGCCCUGCAACAGAGACGUGCCUUGUGGACAGGACUGGGCUGUCGGCAACUGGGAAGAGUGCCCAGUCACAUGUGGAGGAGGUGUUCGCUCACGUACAGUCACAUGUGGACUAGCACCCAUGAAGACUUGCGACCUCUCAACCAAACCCCGGUCCAGGUCGCUGUGUGCCCUACAGAGCUGCCCUAAUUCAGGUCUUCGUAGACGGCCCGGGCCUCCUCCUAUAUACCGUCGCAUCCACCCACCUAAGAGCCACCCCAACAAGCAUCCUGGUACAACUACCUGGGCUCCCACAAGCACUACGGCCAUAACUGCACCCACAACUGCUACAACUGUGAGGAAGAAAACAACCACCAAGGAAACUACAACGGCUUUCAUCUCAACCACCACAUCCCUUUCAACCCCUGAAAGCACAAUCCCUAAAAUCAUAGACACAGAUGAUUAUGAGUUCAAUGUUGAAGUUUUCCCAUCUACAACCAAUCCUGCUGAAAAGGACAGAAAAGCAACUGGUGUGGAAAAGGAGACGGUAGAAAAGAGAGAGGAGGGAGAGGAGGGAAGCACGCCAAAUGUGGUGUUGUACACUCCAGGAUAUGAUUAUGUUGUUGACGAUAGGACAGCAGAGGAGGAGGGGAUUAUUGACCUGGAUGUUACCACAUCUACAUCACUUAAACAUCCCCUUAAAUCAAACACACCGACACCGCAUAUACUCAUCACACCCACUUUACAGACAAGUCCACCUACCAUUCACACAAGCAAAGCUCCCACCUCCACCUACUCCACCCCACACACCAGUACUGAAACAUGGGCAAAGACCAUUCACCUCUAUUCCUUUUCCAACCCCCACAUCACCCCUCGUAUCAAUCCAUACAGCCACUGGACACAUAGGGUUCCCCUCACCACUACCGCGUACAAGGACCACCUAGUCCCAACAAAAGCUGGCUUCCACACAACACAAGCUCCCUCCACAUCUGCAAGAAAAACAUCCACCAUUGCACCACCACCCCAGCCCACAGUGAAGAUCAUUAAACUUAAGAAGCCUUCUGUGACACCGAGGAAAAACAGUUCUGUCUCUCGUGCUAAAAAGCCCUCUUCCUGGUCCAAAGGCAUUCGCUCCAAGAGCCAAAACAAGCAACCAGAAAGUCCCAUGAGCAGCUCCACCCGUGUCCAAAGCAACCUGAUGGCCAGAGAGCCAGUGAGCAUGGAUUUAUUCUGGCAUGUAGGAAACUGGAGCGAGUGUUCAACAACAUGUGGGAUUGGAGCAAUAUGGAGGACAGUAGUGUGCAGCUCCCAGAAUGAUGAAGACUGUGCCAACAUGAAGAGACCUGAGCCUGCACGUACAUGUCACCUGCAGCCCUGUGCCAUCUGGCAAAGUGGCAGCUGGAGCAAGUGUCCAGAUCAAUGUGCGACGGUGGGAAGGAGGUACCGUGAUGUCCAGUGUGUCGAUUCUCAGAGUAAACGUCCCCUCAGACCUUUCCACUGUCAAGCUACGUCCAGCAGACCCCUCAGCACUAUGACUUGCCCCCACAAGCCCUGUAUGACAUGGAAUAUAUCACCAUGGGGACCGUGCUCUGGCAGCUGUGGCAAAGCCAUCAGGGAGCGCCUGGUGUACUGCCCCGCGCCUCAUCGCUGUAGCACAACACUGAGGCCAAACAGCACAGAGCCGUGCAGUCUAAAGCCCUGCACUCACUGGCAGACUGAGGACUGGGAGGAGUGCUCUGUCAGUUGUGGUGGGGGUCGGCAGCACCGGGAAGUCAACUGUGUGAGUGAGCAGGAUUUGGCUUCAAUGCCAAACAGCCUCUGCGAGAAGAUUUCUAAACCAGAAACACUCAGGAAGUGCAAUAUACAGGAAUGCAAGACCAACACAGGUCCAGUUUGCAGGAAGAACACCAUGUCCUCUCGCUUCUGUGACAAGCUGAAGCUGCUUGGUCGCUGCUCUGUCAGGUCGGUCCAAAGACAGUGCUGUGUCACCUGUGGGUCAUAGCCAGGGUUACACACCCACAUAUAUCACAAUGGACACAACUCAACUACAUUACUGUAUUCUUAUGCAAUACUGACAGAAGGCCGCUCCACCCACAGACUUACACGUCCAAACCAAAGUGCUAAUGACCACAACACUACAACAAGCACGUCUUAAUCAUCACAAACAAAUGUGGGUCGACUAAGAUUAUGUUUGUAUUGUGUGUAUUUGUAACUUUUUCCAACGAAAGAUGAAAGAUUUUGCGAGGAACCAUGAAAAAAAAUAAAAAAUGGAGCAAGAGAACAAACCAAAACAUGCUGAACAUGAUGAAUACAUGUGUGGACCACAAAUGUUAAUGCUUAAAGUUCAUUGGGCCAUGUUGACGUGAGCAGAAAUCAAAAUUAAAACUAUUCUUUUAUUAAAGAGUUUUGAUGAAUUUAUUAACAAGCACGUUUCAGGUGCUUAAGGACAACCUGCAAAAUAAAAAUCAACUGGUGCAAAGUAGAAUAAUUUAGUCAAAUCAAGAAGCAUAAUUCAAAAGUUACCAAAGCUCAAGCCAGUACAAGAUCUACUCCUAUAUUAUAACACACAGGGUACAGUAUUCACCUUCACUAAUCAGUAAAAAUCACUUAUGACCUACAGAACGUAUCUUUCUAGGCCAAAGGUGCUUUUAUAAUCAAGGUGCUGAUGAUUCACAGCUUAACAGUCAAGUUAUAUUGUUAUUUCAAAGUGAACUGGUACGAACAGAAUGUAAAUAAAGAUAUUUUGUGACCUCUUUAUUAAAUAGCUUAAAAUAAUGAUAAUAUCUGUGUUUUUACUUUGUUUUUUAUUAAUUGUUUUGUUCUCAGAGCAGGCACUGUGUGUUCACAUUAUUCUGGGUACGAGUUCCUGUUUUAGUCAUUUUUGUUACGAUUGUGGUAAUUAAAUCAGCUGCAGAACCUGCACAGUUCCGCAGUCAAACCUGUGGUGCUCCUCCUCUGGUGUGAGAUUGACCUAUAUCAGAGAGAAAGAGGUGUUGCAGGUCAUCCCUCUCUUGUCCCUCUAAAGAUGGCCGCUGUGUUUGUAUGAUGUUGUACAGGUAUUGCCAUUGUCGUGCAUAUGGUACUUGACCUUGACUGAUUUGUACUUCACGUGUCUCCAUCAACAAAUGUGACGAUAAAAGAUGCUUGUGACAAAACUGCUUUGUAACUGAGACAUUAAAUAAAAUUUUCGUUAAAUAUU